AUAACUCCCUCUGAAGUCAAGAAGAGUAGCUUUUCACUUUUGCCAUAUCCUGCAUCUGUCCUAGAGAUGAAGUAUACCAUUUUGUUACUGCUUAAUCUGUGGGGACCAGCUACAGCUAUUGACUGUGAAGAUGUAGAUGGAUCCCUAAAACAGAUUGACGUGAGCAAUGGGCAAGUUUUUGGCGUGAACGAUGAAGGAAAUAUUUACACACGUUACAUGGAUUCAUGGGUCCAGAUCCCAGGUGCCCUUAUACAUGUCACUGUUGGCCCAGCUGGUGUAUGGGGAGUGAAUAAAAACUACAACAUCUACAAACUAGUUGGUGGUUACUGGGUUCAAGUACAAGGUCUUCUGAAGCAGAUUGAUGCAGGCGGAGCUCAGUAUAUUUCUGGUGCUAACAUGAAUGAUGACAUAUUUUGCUUGAACAGACAACCUGCAGCAUCAGUGCGAGAUGGAUCUGGUUUACCAUGGGUUAACAUAGCUGGGAAGCUAAAGCACUAUGCUUGUGGACCUUACAGCUGCUGGGGAGUUAACUCAAUUGAUGACAUCUAUUUCCGUUAUGAUGUUACUGUAGAUGGCUGCCAGGGAUCUAAAUGGCAACAGAUUCCUGGUAAACUAUCCAUGAUUGAAGUUGGGACAGAUGGAAGUGUCUAUGGUGUGAACAGCCUUGGAGAUGUUUACUACAGGGAAGGAAUCACUGCAAGCAAUCCAAUUGGAACUUCCUGGACUCAAGUUGCAGUCUGUGGUGGCAAAAUCAAGUAUGCUUCAUAUGACCUUGGGAAACUCUGGCUUAUUACAGAUGAUGGGAAGAUCCUCAAAUGUAAAGUUGUUUAGGAUAAUGAUGCAUGCUAUUUAUGCUACACUACCUCUGGUUUGAUCCAGACUUUAUGAAAUACAUAUCAGUGGUUUUCAAUGUCUGAUUUUUUUACUGGGUUGUCAUGACAGACCUGAAUGCUACAUAAUAGUAAUCUGCCUUAUAAGUAACUCCUUCAUGAAAUUAUUAUCUAGUAGGUACAUAUACUGUUUCUUGUAACUCUCUACAUCAUUGUGGACAAAACUACCUAAUUAAGAAAUAAAUAACUAAAAACAAA